AAGGAUUUAGGGUUUUAUGAUUUUUUCUGUGCGAGCAGGGGAGGGCGGGGCGAUCCUCUCCACCGCCAUAGCCAGCAAGGAGAUCGAUCGGUGAUCGGCGCCGCCCUCCCGUCUCGGUAAUCCGGGCCGCAUUCCCUGCGAUCCAACGCGCAGAUCUUUUGUUUCUUCGUUUUUUUCUCCCCUUUUUUUCUUUCUUUCUUUGGUUUCGAGCUUCGUUUCUUCGUAGCCUCUAUAGAGUUUUCUUCUCUUUCGAUCUGCUUUUCUUCUUUUCGAUUCUUUUGUAUAUUUGGUAGCGAGCUUCAAGCUAGGCGAGGGCGAUGAGCAGCAGUGUGACGGCAGUGCUCGAGGAGAGGUCGACGAACCAUCAGGAAGUAAGCGAAGAAGUAGUAGCGAUCCCAGAGGGCGCGGCCACCAAGCCCUUCUCCGCGUUUGGAUCAUACCGACAGCGUCACGGGGAUGUGGAGAACAUCAAUUUCAAGGCUGGGAUGUCGUCAGAGGCGCCGGCGAUACUGGGCUCAGUCGCUGGCGGCGGCACGGAUCUCGUCCAGGGCGGCGCUCACGGGAGCAAGAGCGCGCCCGUGAACAUCCCCAGAUCCUCGGGAAGCGGAGGCGGCAGCAAGGAUCCGGGGAUGCGCCGCAGGGUUCUUCGCCCCAGGAAUCGCGAGGUGGAGCUGGACGAGGCCUGGGAGCGCAAGAGGGACCAGCAUUUGCUCGAGGAGAUGAAGCAGGCGACCGAGAAUCGCCAGGCCCGAGCAGUGGGGCGGAGCGUCUCCGACUGUGGCGAGCGCCCGCUGCCACGGCUGGACAGCACUGCUCGCGCCGCGGAUAAGACGCGGUUUCGAGCUCGCAGCUUGACCGACGAGGAUCUGGACGAGCUGAGAGGAAGCAUCGAUCUGGGAUUUGGGUUUAGCAACCAGGCGGAUCCCCGGCUGUGGAACACGCUCCCGGCGCUGGAGCUGUGCUACGCGAUCAACCAGCAGUACCAGAACAAGGGCUCUCCCGUUUCGACGGUGGACGACGAUGGAACAGGCAGCGAUGGGACUGGCAGUCCCAUGAAUUCUCCCUCCUGGACCGUCUCCAGUCCUGGUGAUCAUCCCCAGCAAGUGAAAACACGAAUCAGGCACUGGGCUCAGGCGGUUGCUUGCACGAUUCGCCAGAAUUACAAGCAUGAAUCGUCGUGAUGGUGGUGGUGGUGGUGGUGGUGGUGGUGGUGAUUCAGUAUGACAAUCAAGACGAAGUAGAAAAAGCAAGAAGAACGAACCAAGAACAAGAAGAACAAGCGAGGUGCUAAGUACUCGAAUAAAGAUCAUCGAGUUUACGAAAACACGAAGGAAGUGGAGGCGGCGCGCGGUCGUGAAAGAGAGAUAAGCUUUCUAAUCUCUCUCUCUCUCUCACACGCACAAGCAGGGCUUAACUUCUAGCUUAUAUACAUACUUUCAAGACGUGGUUUUAGCUCUCUGACGAUUCUUAGAGAUUUCCAGCAACGCGCUUCAAGAAUUCAACACCUUCAACAACACCCGCAAGCGUGUUGGUGGUGGUGUUGCUCGAGGGGCCACCGAGCUGUGUAAGUUGCCCGCAUCAUCCAGCUCGUCGUCGUUGUUUAUAAGAAAAUACUAACUACAAGCCAGCAGAAUUCUUCCUCUUGUUUUUUCAA